GAGAGAGGGAGCGAGAGAGAGAGUAAACGCUGCGGUUAAAUAACUAGAUAAAACUGUUCAAGUUUGAUGAACCUAACUCUGUUAGCAGGACAAAUAGAGCGCGAGUCUCCGGUUACUCGUCUCAUCCGUGUCACGGGCGAUGCUGAAGAAAGUGGCCACUGUUUCGUGAACUCAGCUCGGACUCUUAGCCGGCUAACACUCGCUAGCUCAGCCUUUUAUCAACAAUGUCCAGUCUUCCACAAAAUAACUUGAAGGAGCAGCUGGCGAGGCACAGCAAUGCUGCUCAGAGCAGGCUGUCCCUGGCUAAACCCAAACCGGGAGCCUUUUCUUUCAAAAAGAAGUCCUCAUCAGGUACAACAAAGGUGGAAGUCCCAGCCAAGGUAAUCAGCUCAAAUGUUUUGGCAAACAGGAAUGUCAAUGUCCCUAAGAACAGUUUGGUGACUAAAUCUCCUUUGACAUUUUCAAACAAGCUUGAGAGACCUCAAAAGUCCAAAAUCAACAACUUCUUCUCUGUAAGUUCAAAAGGCAAGUCCGACUCCGUCAGCCCUGUGGAUAAAUGUGCUCCUGCAGGCCAGGCUCCUUCAACAGUGUCUGGUGUUAAGGUGACUACAGCUCCAGCUAAACAUGACAGCCAGGUUACUAAUGGAAAUAACACCUCUAUGAGUUUGGAUGCAUCUCUUGGAUUCCCGGUGGACGACUGGGAUGAUUUUGACGACUUUGAAACUCCUGCCAACGCAAAACAUGACUCGUUCAGUUCAGAAGUAUCAAGCAAGAGCACAAAGUCAGUUUCAUCUCCUAGAGAAGAGAAAACUGAGAUCACAGGGAAGCUAAACCACGAUGCCUCAGUUACGACACCAGAAUUAACCAACUGUUUUUCAAAUAAGAGCAAACUUUCUACAAGUGGGCAGUCCUCUAUGGAAACAGAUGAACACUGUGUCAACAAAGCUACAGUUUUACCUGGACCUAGUUUUGAUCAGGACCAAGCAGAGUUUUUACUGGAGGAUUCCCCCAUUAAAAUGCCCAAAAGACGUCCUCUUGCUCAUCUGAAGUCUGUCGUGAGUGAUAGAGACGAUGACAACGAUGCCAUGUUUGAGCCCUCUGAGGAAAGGACAGACAAUAAGAAAAAAUUGAUUGACCCAAAGGUGAUAGAGCUUGAUGACAACUCAGAACCUGAAGAUGACCUAGACUACAUUCCCCCUUCACCAAUCCCAGAUGAGAUCUCUUAUACCACUUCUGUAUUGGAGACAAGAUCGAAAUCAGCAGACGCUGACAGCAGAGACAGUCAAACGCAUUCAAAGGGACCCAUCACAACUCUGCGUGAACCUUCUGAUCGCCUCGCAAAAGACAAAACAAAUGAGCAGCUUUUCAGUCUCAUGCAGUCCAUUUGUUCUCUGGUUGAUUCCAUCCCUGAACAUGAGCUAAUAGCUCUGACUUGCGGAAACGAGCUUUUACUCAAGAGGGCUCUAAGGAAGAGGAUUCUUGCAACUGGUGGUGAUGCUUCAUUUAAGACGCAGCAGCCAGACAGCACUGUGAUUUGUGAACCCAACGUGAAAGAAAAAUCGUCUUUCAGCGGUGACACGUCUAGUGUCAUGUCUUCCAGCAGCUCUGUUCCUAUGCACUCCAAGAAGCUUCCUCAGAUCAGGAGAUCUUCAGUAAUCUCUGUGGAUGCUUAUGACUCUGAUCCCACUGACAGUAUCAUUAAUGAGGAGCCUUUGCACAGACAAGACAGCAGGAAAUCAUAUGUGGGAAAUGAGAGUGUCUGUGACUCUCCAUCACCCCACAGCCCCACAAAACCGUCUUUUGAUUCUUCUAAGAAAACAAACUCAUACCUGGAUGACUCAGACCUCUCCUUCUCACCCAAGAAGCCAGAGACUGUUGUGCCGAACAAAUCAAAUACCCCUGCAACCGUCACAGCCACAGAAGACAUAGAACCAGAUGACUUUUACAUUGACGACUUUGACAUAGAUGACUUUAAUGACUCAGAUAUCCCCGGUUACUUUGACGAACCCCCGACUUCGUCAAUGUCUGGACAAAACUCUGGCACUGUGACUAAAACAGUGAAAGAGGGGGGGCCAAGCACGUCUUCGUGGGAGAAGAAACCAACAACACCUGUGUCUGCACCCAGGUCCUCAAAGAUCUGCUCCCCUGAGCCCACCUUCAGAAACCCAGCCCACGAUCGAUUCAGAGGGUACGACUUCUCCCACUCGCAGGAGAUGAUGAAGAUCUUUCACAAACGCUUUGGUCUUCAUCAGUUCAGGUUUAAUCAACUGGAAGCAAUUAAUGCAGCUCUUCUGGGAGAAGACACGUUUGUUUUGAUGCCCACAGGUGGGGGGAAGAGUUUGUGUUACCAGCUGCCAGCCUGCGUGUCGUCAGGAGUCACUGUGGUCAUCUCUCCGCUGAAAUCGCUCAUCGUAGACCAGGUCCAGAAACUCACCACACUGGAUAUCCCAGCAACAAGUCUGUCUGGUGAUAAAAGCGACAGUGAAGCAGGGAGGAUUUAUAUGCAGCUCUCCAGGAAAGACCCCAUCGUUAAACUGCUCUAUGUCACUCCUGAAAAGGUGAGCGCAAGUAACAAGCUGAUCUCCGCCCUCCAGAACCUGUACGAGCGAGGCCUUUUGGCCCGGUUUAUCAUAGAUGAGGCUCAUUGCGUCAGUCAGUGGGGCCACGAUUUCCGUCCAGACUACAAGAGGUUGCACGAACUGCGUCAGAAGUUCCCUCACGUGCCGAUGAUGGCUCUGACAGCCACUGCCACCCCCCGUGUCCAGAAAGACAUCCUCAACCAGCUGAAUAUGGCUCGGCCGCAGGUGUUUACCAUGAGUUUCAACCGAACAAAUCUGAAGUACUCUGUCCUGACCAAGAAACCCAAAAAGGUUGACGAGGACUGCAUCGACUGGAUCAAGAAGCACUACCCACGUGAUUCAGGCAUCGUGUACUGCCUGUCCCGAAAUGACUGUGAUGCCAUGGCUGAGAGUCUUCAGAGAGCUGGGAUACUGGCUCUGUCGUAUCACGCAGGCCUCAAGGACAGCGACAGAGAAUACGUGCAGAGCAAGUGGAUCAAUCAGGACGGCUGCCAGGUCAUCUGUGCCACCAUAGCCUUUGGCAUGGGCAUCGACAAGCCUGAUGUGCGCUAUGUGAUCCAUGCCAGUCUGCCUAAAUCAGUGGAGGGUUACUACCAGGAGUCAGGAAGAGCUGGCAGAGAUGGAGAGAUCUCUCACUGUAUUCUCUUCUACUCCUACUCGGACGUCCUCCGCAUCAAGAGGAUCAUCAGCAUGGAUAGAGAAGGUGACAGACACGCCAAGACAACUCAUUAUAACAACCUACACAGCAUGGUGCACUUCUGUGAAAACAUGAUGGAGUGUAGAAGAAUUCAGCUGCUCGCGUACUUUGGGGAGUUCAAGUUCAACAGGAGCUUCUGCAAAGAGCACUCUGACGUCAGCUGCGACAACUGCGCCAGACCCAACCAAUACAAGAUGAGAAAUGUUACCGAAGACGUGAAGAAGAUUGUGAGGUUUGUCCAGGAGAACUGCGAGAAGGUUGGAGCAAAGUUCGGCAAGACCGCUCAGAAAAACCGGCUGACGCUGAACAUGCUCGUGGAUAUCUUCCUAGGGACUAAAUCUGCCAAGAUACAGGCAGGUAUGUUUGGGAUGGGAGGAGCCUAUUCCAGGCAUAACGCAGACCGUCUCUUUAAAAAACUGGUUCUCGAUAACAUUCUGGUGGAGGACCUCUACAUCACGGCCAGUGGCCAGGCUGUGGCUUAUAUCUCUGCUGGACCAAAAGCCAUGAAUGUGUUGUCUGGACACAUGCAGGUGGAGUUCUACGAGACGGCGAGCGCGUCUAGCAUCAGGAAACAGAAAUCUGUGGCCAAGAACGUCUCUCAGAGAGAAGAGAUGGUUCAGAAGUGUCUGAAGGAGCUGACAGAUUUGUGCAAGCAGCUGGGAAAAGCGUUUGGCCUUCACUAUUUCAACAUCUUCUCCACUGCCGCCUUGAAAAAGAUAGCUGAAAAACUUUCUUCUGAUCCUGAAGUCCUCCUACAAAUUGAUGGUGUGACCGAAGACAAACUGGACAAGUACGGCGCUGAAGUCAUUCAGGUCCUACAGAAAUACUCGGAGUGGCAGCUUCCUGUGGAGGAGCAGACUGCCAGUGGCGAAGACGGGUGGAUAGACACCACACGAGGCCGCACAAAUAUAGAUUAUGACGAUGAGGACGACAUGGAGUCUUCCACCUACUUCCGUUCUCAGGGACAGAAGAGGAAAAAAGCUCCAUUCUUCAAGUAUUCCAAGAAGAGGAAAGGCAACACAAGCUCCACUUCUAAAGGUGGCGGCUACAACAGUAAGAAAUCGUGGUCAUCGUCCAGCUCCAGAGGAGAAUCAAAAGCUGCAGGUCGGGGGUCCAGGAGCUCAGCAGGAGAUGCAUCAGCAGGCAGGAGACCAGGCUUCUUGGCUGCCCCAACUCCUCAGACCAAUCAACGUCCCUUCUUAAAGCCAGUCUUUUCACACUUAAGCUAAGGCUACUUAUUCACUACAUUUUCAAGCCAGCGGGCGAUGGUAAUUGCUGUCCAGUAUUUCCCAACUGUGUUUUGAAACAGCUAAAAUUGUGUAUCUAUGUUUUGUACAGAAUGUAUGUUCUUGUCCAGAUGUUACAUUGAUUCUUGUAAAUUGUUGUAAAUACUGUUUUAACUUUUUCACUAUAUUAAAGACAAAUUGAAAUUGUA